AUGAGCUCCAAGGGAUGGUAUUCAAAACAAGAUGUGAUAAAAGAUUUAGCCAAGGUGACUGGGAAGCGUGUUAGUGAUUUGGGUAAUCAUUAUGUUGUGGGGACUGAACCACCGCCUGUUUGGAACAAUGAGGAAGAUGAUGAAGAUCUCUCAAGAUUCUAUGGAGGACAAACACCAACACAAACAGAUGACAUAGAGAAGCCUGAUUUGGCGGGAAUCACAGAAAUGCUGAGAAUGGUUGACAACUACAAUGAAGGGCCAUCAGAAGAGAAUAAAACUGAACCAACUGAUGUUAUAGUGUCUAUAAGUAAGUUAGAUCCUAACGCACAGGAGUUUGAAUCAAGUACAGUGAAACAAGGGCAAAGUGCAUUAAAUGUAAAUAGUAGUAAAUAUAAUGAAGAGCCCGACAUUAGAGAUCAAAAGUUACCCUUAGAUGUUAAGAAAACUGUGCGGACUGAUAUCUGUGAUACUAAAGUAAGGGAUAACCAAACUCAUAUACCUAAUGAAUUGAAACAAAUGAGAGAACAAUUGAAGACUAAGAUCGCAGAAACAUCCAACAUUAACUGUGUGAAACAAAAGAGGGAGAGAAACCUAGCGAUUACAACACUCAUGAAGCUAUACAGCAAAGAAGCGGUGACAGAAACAAAACCUAAUCUGAUAUCACCUGAAUACUUUAUAAAUAACACAGCAAAUAAUAUAACACACACACAGGAUGGAGUAGGGAAUAACUUGACUACAGAUCACGUCACUGAAGACACUUUAAAUGCUUCUACGGAUACUGAGAUUAUUAAUAAAGAAAUUGCAGCUUCUGUGGAAAAAGUAACAAAAUGGCUCUGUAGUUCAGAAACAGAGACACCAAAUAAUUGCAGUGAUACAUCUCGCAAAGAUACUGAUAGUACUGAAGAAAAUACAGUAACGAAAGUGCCACAACAAACAAAAGUGCCCUUAAUACAUCUAGGUCCGGUCACAUUCAAGAGGAAAACUAAUAAUCGUCAUGCAAUUUCACCCGUUUCUUUACUGUCGGAUAGUAAGACGAACAAAUCGGAAACUUACAUUCCAUCGAACUACGCCAACGAACUCACUAAGAAAUACACAGAACAGAGCAAACAAAGACAGUCGCAGCCAGAUCUUUGGACGAGUAUAGAAAAUAAACUGAAAGAAAAGGACGAAAAACUAAAGAAACAGCGGCUCGUACAGUGA